UGCAAUUAAAGUAAGCAGGAUCCCACCGAGUCACCGACUUGCAAACCCUCCCGUAACUCUUGGCUUUUGCAUCGCUUAAUGAUACGGAAUCGUACCCAUUUCGAUACGAAACCUCCGGUAGAGAAGAGAAACGAGUCAGCCUCGGAAAUGGCGGAUCAGAGUAGCAAUUCUCCAGCCAGGGAAGGAAUGGUGACCUAUUGUUACCUCCUUCUUUACAUAGCCCUCUCCAGCGGCCAGAUCUUCUUCAACAAGUGGGUGUUGUCAUCAAAGGAGAUAAAUUUUCCAUAUCCACUUGGCCUGACACUUCUUCAUAUGAUGUUUUCCUCUGUGCUUUGCUUUGUACUCACCAAAGUCCUCAAGAUUUUAAAAGUUGAGGAUGGAAUGACUCUCGAAAUAUACACAUCAUCAGUCAUCCCAAUUGGUGCAAUGUUUGCCAUGACUCUUUGGCUUGGAAACACUGCAUACCUCUACAUAUCCGUUGCAUUUGCUCAAAUGCUGAAAGCAGUCAUGCCAGUAGCUGUUUUCAUUCUAGGGGUAGCAGCAGGACUAGAAGUAAUGAACACCAGAAUGCUCAUGAUAAUGUGCUUGAUAAGUUUUGGAGUAUUAGUAGCUUCUUAUGGGGAAAUCAGCAUUAAUUGGGUUGGUGUUGUUUAUCAAAUGGGAGGUGUUGUAGGAGAAGCUUUAAGACUUAUAUUCAUGGAGAUUUUGGUUAAAAGAAAAGGUUUAAAACUAAACCCUAUUUCCAUGAUGUAUUACGUGAGCCCUUGCAGCGCUCUUUGUCUUUUAGUGCCAUGGGUAUUUCUGGAAAAGCCAAAGAUGGAUGCACAGGGGACAUGGACUUUUCAUCCACUUGUGCUUACAUUGAACUCCCUUUGUACUUUUGGACUCAAUCUUUCGGUUUUUCUUGUGAUUCAACAUACAAGUGCUUUGACUAUUCGGGUGGCGGGAGUUGUUAAAGAUUGGGUGGUGGUGUUGUUGUCAGCACUUCUUUUUGCUGAUACAAAGCUCACUAUCAUAAAUAUCUUCGGUUAUGCAAUAGCAAUUGGUGGUGUGGCUGCAUACAAUAACUUCAAGUUGAAAAAGGAAGCUUCUCGAGUCAAUGAAAAUCCAAAGCCAUCUCUUGGCCAGUAGAUGGAAUUGCACAUCUGUAUUCUGAUUUCUGAAAAAAAAAAGUGUAAAUUCGAUAUUAUAUAAUCACAAGGGUGGAGUGUUGAUUGGGAGGUUGUUUUUGGUAAGAGUUAUUUUGGAUGUGUAAAUGAGUAUGUAUGACCAUUAGAUGUGAUGUGAUUGAACUUGUAUUUGAUCACUAAUUAGAAGAUUCUUGGAGUACAAUUUAUAAAUGUUGUAAAAUUUUACAUUUUAAAAUUUGUUUUGAUAUAGAAGUUAAGGAG